AUGUCAACAAGUUACAAAUUCCAGGGCUGGAUGGGCCUCGAUCCUGAGUCUGCCAACGGCAAGAUGGUCUGGAGAGAAUUCGAACCAAAGCCGUUCGAAGAUACCGACGUCGAUAUCAGGAUAACGCACUGCGGGAUCUGUGGGACGGACAUUCACACCUUACGCUCUGGCUGGGAUCCUGCCGACUAUCCGGUCUGCGUCGGACACGAGAUAGUUGGCCACGCAGUCCGAGUCGGGCCAAGGGUCAAGGAUAUCAAAGUCGGCGACAGAGUCGGUGUCGGUGCACAAUGUGGCGCUUGUACGAACCAACGCGGCGAUUGUGGAAUCUGCGCUGAUGGGCUUGAACAAUAUUGUCCCCAGUUAGUCGUCACUUACGACCACAAAUGGCCUGACGGGAGCAAAACAUACGGCGGAUAUGGAGAUUACUGGCGGGGGGAUUCAAACUUUGUCAUGAAGAUCCCUGAUGGCAUUCCGUCGGACGAAGCGGCGCCCAUGUUAUGUGGAGGCAUCACUGCUUUCAGUCCUCUGACGCAACAUGGCGCCGGACCCGGCAAGAGGGUAGGAAUCAUCGGCAUCGGUGGAUUAGGACAUUUUGGAAUCAUGGGAGCCAAAGCUCUGGGCUGCACGCAAGUCGUGGCUAUUUCUCGGACGUCGUCAAAAAGGAAAGACGCGUUCAAGAUGGGAGCCACAGAGUACAUUGCGACAGAUGAGGAUAAGGACUGGGCCAAGAAGCACGAAGAUACUCUUGAUAUCAUUGUAUCCACAGUGUCGUCGGACAAAAUGCCUCUUCGGGAUUAUCUCUCCCUGCUGAGAUUCGAUGGUAAAUUUGUCCAGGUAGGCGCUCCUGAAGAUAUGAUGCCUCCGUUCAACAUAUUUAGCCUUCUCUGGAAGAGAAUCAGCAUUUGGGGUAGCUUGAUCGGCUCUCCUCAAGAUAUCAGAGACAUGAUGCAGUUGUUCGCAGAGAAGGGGGUUCACACUUGGAACAACAACGUUCCGAUGUCUGAGGCGAACAAGGCCAUCGUCAACAUGGAGGCCGGCCAUGCCAGAUAUCGCUAUGUUCUCGUUAACGAGAAGCAUUUGUAG